CUUUAAAAAAUAAAAGGAAUUUAAAAAAAAAAACAGUAAAAGAAGGAGAUUGAAAUUGACACUAUUUUUUUACAAACAAUAAAGAGUUGACACUAUUUUUUUUACAAAUAAUAAAAGAUUUUUUAAUUAUUAAUUUUUUUGGAGGGGUUUGUUGAAUGGGUGUGCCAAUUUCACCCCCUUAAAAGAAUGGUUCUUCAAUCUUCAUUAUCUGAAUAUCUUUCCUGAGUGGAUAUUGAAUACAAUUUUGGUACAAUAUUCUUACUUUCAUAUAUUCCAUGCGUCUCCAGUGGUGCUCAGAUAGUUGCUACUGGAAUUUUUUAGUCUAGUAAGUUGCUUUGUGAGUUGUGACUAACACUAAUCUGUUUAUUCAUCUUCUCAUGAAAUUACCAUCCCUUGUUGUGCUGAUCAGUCAAUUGCUGAAACACCUCAAGCAGUCCCAAGUUCUUUUGGUCAAACAAUAAUUUCCUCUCUGAUUUUGGACAAGAAGUCCCAUCACAGUACUCUGUUUUGAGCUCUUCGAAUUGUACAGGAUUCGCGGGACACUGAAGUGUACAUGUUGCUAACAAAGUGUUAUGGUUAGCACUUUCUAACUUUGAUCAUUCGCAGACUGCAGGAACAAGUAUCAUAGCGUCUUUUCGGGCAGCAGACUUUCUGGUUUCUCUACGUUAGCUUUGUUGAUGCUUAAUAGAUAAUACCACCCAUAAUAUGUUUGCUGCUCCGUUGAGGUAAUAAUCAUUGGACCUGUAACUGCAUCUCUGAUACUUAAUAAAUUACUAAAAUGUAGAUCGAUACACGGUUAUCUUCACCGUAGACGUCACCAAGAAACCAGACCAUUUCCAAGUUCUCAAGUGGUGAGGAGAUUACAAAGAAAAUACGAAGUGGGUGAUAACGUACAGCUUCUAAAAAAAGUCAACCUUAAGCAAACGUGAUAACAGCUUCCCAAGAAAAGUCAACCUUGAGCAAUAGCAUGAUUGCAUUAGAUUAAGAGUUUCAGAGAUGUAUAAAAUACCUAUAACAGCUGAAGCAUCUAUCUAAUCACAACCACUGUUUGACAGAUAUCUCUAUCAAUAUUCCAGAGCCUAAUGAGUUCGUAAAGGAGAGACUUUAAUCCCUUUCAUUUCUAGUUUCUUCGACCACUUGAGCAAUUUGUUCUCUUUCUGUACUAUAUAUUGAGUAUCGAUGGCUGAGUUUCUUACUUUUGCUACCAAGGAAAUGUUGACCAAAGUGGCUUCACUUGCAGCUCAAGAGUUCAGUCUUGUAUGGGGAUUCAAUGGAGAAAUAACAAAGCUGCGUGAGUCGCUGCUCGUGCUUGAGGCUGUGCUACGAGAUGCUGAACAUCCGCAACAAGAUCAGGGAGAGGCUGUGAAGCUCUGGGUGAAGAAGCUUGGAGACAUAGCUCAACAUGCCGAUGAUGUGUUGGAUGAUUAUGGAUAUGAGCUUCUCCGGCGUAAGGUACAACUGCGAAACCUGAUGAAGAAAAAGGUGCAAGACUUUCUUUCCCUCUCCAAUCCCAUUAUAUUUCGUAUUAAAAUGGCACAUAAAAUUAAGAAGAUCAACACCUCUUUGGAUGAGUUGAAUAAGAAGGCAAGUGCUAUUGGCUUAGUUGCUAGACCAUCCUUGGAUGCAACAAAUUCAUAUGGUAUAAGCAUUGACAGGGAAACCUACUCUCUCUUAAAACAAGAUGAAAACAAUAUCAUCGGAAGAGACGAUGUUGUGGCAGAUAUAGUUCAAGCCCUGACCAAAUCACACCCCAAUCAAGAAAGUGAUCUCUCGGUAAUGGCCAUUGUGGGUAUGGGAGGGCUUGGAAAGACAACUUUGGCUAAAUUAAUAUAUCAUGAAUCUGAGAUAAGUAGGCACUUUGAGAAAAAGAUAUGGAUAUGUGUAUCCACCCUUUUUGAAGUCAACUCAAUUUUGAGAGGGAUGUUGGAAUCUCUUAAACCAGAAUAUGCUGCGGUGAAAGCUAUAGAUGUAAUAUGUAACAUUCUCCAAGAAGAGUUGAAAGGAAAGAGAUACCUUCUUAUACUUGAUGAUGUAUGGAAUGAAGAUACUAAAAAAUGGAAUGAUUUGAAGAGUUGUUUGCUAAGAAUUACAGACACCCAAGGAAGCAGCAUUGUUGUUACUACCCGCAGUGGCAAAGUUGCAAAAAUGGAGAAGACCAUUCGUAGGUGUGAUUUGGAAAAACUAUCAGAUGAUGAAUGUUGGCUCAUAUUGAAGGAUAAAGCAAUUCCAAUUGGAAGUGUUCCUAUACUUGAAGAUCAAGAGAGAAUUGGAAGGGAAAUUGCCAAAAAAUGUGGAGGUGUACCAUUAGUGGCAAAGGUCUUAGGAAACAUUAUGCACUCUAAAAUGAGCCAUGGAUGGAAUUCAAUUGUGGAAAGUAAAAUAUGGGAAUUACCAGAAGAAGAAGACAGAAUCAUGUCGAUUUUAAAGUUGAGUUUUGAUGAAUUGGAACAUUCAUCAUUGAAACAGUGUUUUGCAUACUGCUCAAUGUUCAUCAAAGAUUUUGAAAUAGAAAAGACUGACUUGGUCCAACUUUGGAUGGCUCAAGGAUGGCUUCACUCUUUCCCAACCAAAAGUAAUCUAGAUAUGGAGGAUAGAGGCAACGUAUAUUUUAACAUCUUAUUAGAAAGGUCAUUUUUUCAAGAUGUUAAAAAAGACUUCCACGGUGAUAUUACUGCAUGCAAGAUGCACGAUCUUGUGCAUGAUCUUGCGGAGCAAGUAUCAAACAUGACAAACUCGCGCUCACUAUUUUCUAAGGGAGAAGCACUUGGGAGCAUUUUUCCUAGCUUUAGAUCUUUACGUGUGUUAAAUUUAUACAAGGCAGACAUUGACAAGUUGCCAAGUUCAAUUGGAAAGUUGACACACUUGAGGUAUCUGAAUGUUAUGGAAACAAAUGUCAAAACAUUUCCAAAAUCUAUUGGUCAACUUUAUUACCUUGAGACGUUUAAAAUGCCUUAUCAUGUUGAAGAGUUCCCAAAGAUAAUUGCUAAUAUGAUCAACUUGAGACAUGUUUAUUUUGGUAAAUAUGCGAAAGUUCCGGUUGGGAUAUUGGGAAGAUUGACUAAUCUCAGAUCAUUACCUUUUCUAAAGGUGGGUAAGGAGAUUGGGCCUCUGAUUGAGGAACUGGGUGGGUUAAACCAUUUGAGAGACACCUUAUCUAUCAGUAAUCUGGAGAAUGUAAGAGAUGGAGAAGAUGCAAUGAAAGCAAAGUUAGUUGAGAAGAAACAUAUACGGAAGUUAACUCUUGACUGGAAUCUUAGUAGACCAAGCUACGAUGUUGACAAUGAGGAUGAUGUACUUGAAGGCCUGCAACCACAUUGUCAUUUGGAAAUUUUGAAGAUUCAGGGGUUCAUGGGUGUUAAGUUUCCAUCAUGGUUAUUGCUAGCCAGCAACUUGAGAGAAAUUGAAUUAGCAGAAUGCAACCAAUGCGAAGGAGUCCCAAUGCUUGGCCAUCUACCCAAUCUUAUACAUCUUGAGAUGGUUGACAUGCAGAACCUAAGAUACUUGGGGUCUGAGUUUUAUGGUUACAAUAAGAUUUCCGGUGCAAGAACAAGUGACGAGGGAAAGGCUUUGUUUCCUGCAUUGAGAUCAUUACAUAUCAUGAACGCCGAGAAUCUAAUAGAUUGGAUGGAAGCACCAGAAGUGAGGCUGGCAGCAGAAAGAUUAACGAUGUUUCCUUGCCUUGAGAAGCUGAUCCUAGAGGGGUGUGAGCAAUUGGGAAGUGCUCCCAAUCAUUUUCCAUCUCUCCAGGAGUUGGUGAUACGAGGAGUGGACAGCGGCAUGCCAAUAGCAAGUAUUUUAAGCAAUAAACUGACUAGUCUCACUCAUCUCCAAAUAAAUGGUGUCGAGGGAGUUACUAGUCUGCCGGAAGGGACAUUAAGAAACAACAAGAAUCUUGCAUCUUUGGUGUUAUGGAACUGUUCGGAGUUAAGUUGCAUUGCUCCCCAUGGAUUUGACUGCUGCGCAUCUCUCCAGUUACUGAGUAUUUGGAGCUGUCCUAAGUUGAGGUAUUUACCUGAUGGGCUACUUCUACUCUCCCUCAAGACGUUGAGCAUAACAGAUUGCGACAGUCUAGAGUCCAUCCCAAUCGUCCCUGAGCACGGUGGUCUCCCAUCUCUACGCAGUUUGGGGAUCAGUAAUUGUCCUCAGUUAUCCAGUUUACCACUACAAUACUGCACAUCUCUUCAAAAAUUAGACAUAGAGAGCUGCCCAAAGAUAACGUCCGUUCCAAUUCCAUCUGAGGGCCUCCCAUCCCUUGCUCAACUGCUGCUUUCGCAGUGUCCUGAGUUAUCAAGCCUACCGAGUGGACUAGGCUGCUGCACCUCUCUUAUUAAUUUGUCAAUAAAAGAGUGCCCUAAGGUAACAUCCAUUCCACUUGACAGUCUCACUACAACCCUCCGAUACUUGUCUCUAAGUAAUCUAGAGUCUCUUCCAAUAUUACACGGCGGCUUCACAUCCCUCCGUCGAUUGGAAAUCCACGGAUGUCAAAGUACACAAAUUGAGCAGCAAUUUUGUGCCUUUCUUCAAAUCCUUGUCUCUCUUCAGGAGUUGACAAUAGAAGAUUGCCCUAAUCUAGAGACCCUGCCAAGUUUAGACAAGCUGACAUCCCUCCAUGAUUUGGAGAUUUAUGAUUGUUCCCGAUUAACAUAUCUGCCCAGUGGGUUAGCAAUGGCGUCCCCACACGUACUCACCCGUCUCAAGAAAUUGAGACUUGGUAGGUUUUGGAAUGAGCUGGAUUCAUUCCCGACUCUUGAGGUUCUACCACAACUCGAAAGAUUAAUUAUCUACGGGUGGCCUAAGCUCAAGUCUCUGCCUGAACAAAUUCAACACUUCAUUUCUUUGACCGAUUUGUCGAUAGAGGCCUUUGAGGGAGUGGAGGCUAUUCCAGAAUGGUUGGGAAACCUUGCAUCUCUUCGCUGCUUGUUUUUUGACAGUUGCAAGAAUCUGAUGUAUCUACCGUCCGUCCAAGCUAUGCAACGCCUCACCAAAUUACAUUCGCUAUACAUCAGCAAUUGUCCCCUUUUAAGCGAAAGAUGCAUCGAGGAGAGCGGCCCAGAGUGGCCUAAGAUUUCUCAUAUUCCAAAUAUUCAAAGUUCUUUACUUCUUUUCCUAAAUUGGUCACUAUUUAUAUCACUUUAAUUAUACUUGUUGAUUGAAAAAAUUAAAAUUAAAAUUAAAAAAAAAAGUUAUAGUUAUUAUAUUGUAUGCCUCAUUUUGCUUAUAUAACCCCGUGACAAGAAUACCUUGUGGCUCUUCCUUCUUACUCUUGAGCUCGAUGGAAAAAGAUUUUGUUUGAAGAGAAGUUUUGUUCCAUAUGCUAGAACUUGAAGAAGAAAACAUCGACCCAUUUUAGUUAAUCCGUCAUUUAGUUGAGGAAAAGAAUCAAAUGAGUUUUUAAUUAACAAGAAAAAACUGAAGUACGAAUUUUGCCUUAGCAAGUAGCUAACGUUAAUACUUGAACACUGGGUUUUUAAGUUUGUUGAAGCUACAUUGUUAAAGAACUCUUAUUGCAAAUCAUACGAGUCUAGUCAGACACUGCUAAAGCUACUGCUGUUCUUUUCCAAACAUUACAGCAAGCACUUAGA